CUCCCUGAGCUCUUUUUCGUGCUGUGCCUGAGCGCCCGCGACCUCUCUCACGCGGGGCCGGCUAAUGCGUAAGCACACUAGGCGCCUGGGGAGCGCGUAUGGCGGCCGAGGGGGGUCAUCCUGUCUGCAGCCACCGCCUUUUCGCAGCGCCUCUCGCUCCUUGUCGCCUGGGACGGAACGUCCGCAGCUACGGCGAGGCGUGAAGGACAAAGGUCAGGAAGUUGUUCAGCCCUCUUUUAACAAUAAAAAUGGCCUCCAAACGAGUUACACAGGAAACAUUUGAUGAAGUGGUGCAAGAAAACAUCACAGAAUUUGACAUGGAUCCAGAAGAAGCUGUGAGAGAAGCUGUGGAGCAGUUUGAAUCUCAAGGUGUUGAUCUGAGUACCAUUGUAAAAGCUGCACCGAGACCUGCCUCUGAAAACGGUGAGGGGCAAAAGCACGAGAUUUUGCAGACAUUGGAUUGGCUCAGGAAAUCCAUCGCUGACUCUGAACUCAGUGUAGCUGGUGAGCACCUAGCAAGCUUGAGCAAGCAGUGCAAAAUGCAGCUGGCUUCUCGCUACCUGGCUGGGCAGAAAGGUGCCUAUCCUGUGGUGCUCUCUGCCUGUAGGCUUGCUUCAGGAGAUGAAAGCACUAUGCUCCAGGCCCUCCAGGCUCUGUCUGCCCUCAUGGAGGGGCAGCCUGACCUGCUUGACUCUGUUGGCCAGAAGAUGCUGCUGCAAACCCUGAAGGAAAAAGCAGAUGACGUUGAAAUGAUGCUUGCGGGAAUUCGAUGCGUCCGGCAUGCCUGUCUGAAACAUGAGCAGAACCGCCAGGACCUGGUGAAAGGUGGCCUCUUGCCACUGCUGACCAGUGCUAUUGUCCAGCAUGGUAACCAUGCCAGCCUGGUGCGAGAGGCUUGUUCGGCGCUCCGGAUCAUGACCUUUGAUGAUGACAUCCGUGUGCCCUUUGGCCAUGCCCAUGAUCAUGCCAGGAUGAUUGUGGCAGAGAACGAUGGCUUAAAGAUCCUCAUAGAGGCUGCCAAAGCAUUCCCAGGGGACUCCAGUGUUCUCACUGAGCUGUGUGCAACCCUCUCGCGUCUUUCUGUCCGGAAUGAGUUUUGUCAAGAGAUUGUGGACCUCGGAGGCUUGAAUUUCAUGGUGUCUCUGCUGGCUGACUGCAUUGACCAAAAGGAGCUGGUGAAACAGGUGCUGAGCGCAGUCCGGGCCAUCGCAGGCAACGACGAUGUGAAAGAUGCCAUCAUCAGUGCUGGAGGAACAGAUCUCAUUGUGCUGGCUAUGAACCAUCACCUUGCCAACCCCCAGAUCUGCGAGCAGGGAUGUGCAGCCCUGUGCAUGCUGGCUUUGCGCAAGCCAGAGAACUGUAAAGUCAUCAUGGAGGGUGGAGGAGCCCUGGCAGCUCUGCAAGCCAUGAAGGCGCAUCCAAGAGAAGUGACUGUGCAGAAACAUGCUUGCAUGCUGAUCCGCAACCUGGUCUCCCGGAGCCAGGACUUCUCUCAGCCCAUCCUGGAGAUGGGCGCAGAGAGCCUGAUCGCAGAGGCUCUUGCAGCACACCAGGACUGUGGUGAUGUGGCCAAAGCUGCCUUGAGGGACCUUGGCUGCAAAGUGGAGCUUCGGGAGCUGUGGACAGGCCAGAAGGGAAGUCUGGCUCAGUAAGCCACUUUCCCAAGGAACCCUGGUGGUUCUGGGCAUCUAUGUAGGCACAGCCUGCCGGGCAAAGUGGCUUGGAACAAACUGCAUUGGCCUCCUUGAGCCGCUGAAGAAACCUCUUGGCCUGUGAGGCUGUAGUGAGCUGGUACAGGAGAUACCUUUGUCUACAGACACUUUGGCUGCUGAUCCAUUCACUGUGAUACUCUACUCUCCCAACUUGAUGCGGGAAGACCUACUUUCCUCCACUGCUGUGUGUUACCCAUUUCCAGACAGGGCUGUUCCCUUAUGUAUUUAUUCCAUGCCACGUGAGCCUAACUCACUGUUAUUGGCCUUGCCCUGAUCCCUGCUCUGUGCCCCUGUUACCUAGAAGUCCCAAACACUAUGUAGAAUGAAUGUGCCCUGUCCUGUCCCAGUGCUGUGCUCCUAGUAUGGUGUUUGGUGUUCCAGCAUAUUGGCUGUAUCCAUUUUCAUUCUAUGGGAAUGUUUCAAACUAGUAUGUGAUAUUGACUGGAGAUGGCAUAGACUAGUGUUUUACUUUAUAAUCUCACUGUUUGCAUUCAGAAAUAGAUGUCAUAUGAUGUUGUUCCAGAAGCAAGUAACUGAUGGGUUGGUAUGUGAGGGGGAUCCUAGUGGUCCUUUCGUCUGUGAGCCUUUUCUGCUGUUUUCCAACAAGGGAGGGGAGAAUGUAUAAUUGUUUAUCAGAUGGAACAAAUCUGACUAACUGGCCCUCAUUAAAAACAAUCUCCCAAAAGAG